AUGAAAGUUAGAAAAACAUUUGUUUUAAUUAUUGGAGGUGGACCAACAGGUGUAACAACAGGUUUAUAUCUACAGAAAUAUAAAAUUCCACAUCUAUUAAUUGAGAAAGAUAGAUGUAUAAAAAAAAUACCUAAAGCACAUUAUUACAAUAAUCAAACAAUGGAAGCAUGGAGAAGUAUAUUUCAUUUAGAUAAAUGUUUUCUAAAUGAAACAGAAGACUUAAAUUUAUGGAGAAACUUUCAGUAUUGCUUAAAUAUUAGCAAAAAUAAAUCUUUAGGUUAUUAUGAUAAUUUCUUUAAUAAAUAUACCUACAAAAGUACAUACUAUGAAGAUAUUAGUCCAUCUAAGGUUACUCAUCUAUCCCAAUAUAAAUUAUUAGGAAUAUUAUAUAACUAUUAUAUCAAUAAGAUAAAAUGUGACAAAAAUAAAAGGAAUGAAUUUUUAAGAAAUAUACAAUUGAAAUUGUCUACAUAUAGAAGUUUAAAUGAUAUAUUAAAAAGGUAUGAAUUAGAUGUAGAAUCAGAAUAUGAUUAUACAUGUGAUAAAGACAAAGAAAAAGAAAAGUUUUACAAUUUUUAUUCAUAUGACCAUUCAGAAUUAUUAAUAGGAUAUGAAUAUGUAAACUUUUUAAAUAUUAGAGAAUUAAUAGAUAUACACAAUUAUAACUGUAAAAAAUACAAUAAAGAUAUAUUUAAAACAAUAAAUGACACUGGAAAUGAAAAUUAUAUGGAAAAUUAUGAUUUUAAUAAUAAUAUAUAUAAUUCAGAAAAAUAUAUAAAUUCUCCAAAUUAUAUAAUAACAAAAAUUAAAAAUUUAAAUAAUAAUGAAGAAGAAAUAGUUUUAAGUAAUUAUGUUUUUGUUGCAGAAGGAGGUAAGAGUAGCAUAAAAAAGAGUUUAAAUAUUAAUGAUGAAAAUAAAAAGGAAUACAUGAAAUUUGUAAAUAUACAUUUUAGUUCGAAAUACUUAAGUAAUUUAAUAAAGUAUAAUCCCUCUAUGUUAUAUUUUAUAUUUAAUGAAUAUAUCGGUGUAUUAGUUUGCCAUAAUUAUACAGAGGGAGAAGUUGUUCUUCAUAUUCCAUAUAUAACAGAAAAAGAAAAAGAAAUUUAUUGUGAUAAAAGCAAUUGUUUACAAAUUAUAAAUAAAUUAAUUGGAUUUCCAUUACAUGAUAUAAAAAUUUAUAAUAUUUAUAAAUGGAAAAUGCAUAGUUCUAUUUCUUCAACAUUUGUAGAUAAAAAAACUAAACGCAUUAUUCUUUUAGGAGAUUCUGCACAUAAAUUACCUCCAUCUGGAGGUUUUGGCUUGAAUUUAGGAAUAGGAGAUGUUAUUAAUAUAACAUGGAAGAUAAUUAGAAUUUUUAAUUUAAAAAAAAAGUCAUUUUUAGAAAAUGUAGAAAAAAUAGAGGAAUUUAAAAAAUUCUCUACGAAAACCACAGACAGUAUAUCUUAUGUGAUAAAUGAAAUUACAAAAAUGAAUUUUAUCAUGAAUAUGAUGAGUACAUACGAGAAAAAAAAAAUUGAUAACUAUAUAAAUUCUUAUAAUAUUGAGAGAAAGUUAGUAGCAAAAUAUACUAUAUAUAGUGCAGUUAAAAAUUAUGAAAAAGGAAACAAUAUUCCAAGUACAUUAGGGUAUAAUAAUAAUUUUAUUAUUAGAUUAAUAAAUAAUUGCAAUAACUGUGUAGUUCAAAAUUCCUUUUUUUUUUAUUUUUUAUUCAAAAAUGCUAAAAAAAUUUUAAGUACUUUUAAUAAUAUUCCAUAUAUAUUUCAGUAUAAUCAAAAAAAACUUGAAAAUUUAUUUAAAAAUCAAGAGAACGUUUUAACCUUGUUGUACCCAGGUGUGGAUUUUUGCUAUUCUUAUAUAGAUACAAUUAAUGAAGUAGAAGAGGAAGAAAUACAUAGCGAAAGUUCCUUUGAUAAUAAAAACAAUAUAAAAAGUGAGGUAUAUAAUGAAAUCGAAAUUAAAAACUCGAUGGAAAAUGUUCAGACGGAAAAGGAGAAAAAUAUAGAGAAUUUUCAUAGUAAUAAUAAAAAUGAAGAAAUUAGUUACAAUUUGUUAAAUAAAAAUAAUUUAAAUAAUAUAUACUUUAAAACAGAAAAAAAAAAAAAAUAUAAAGAUAACACAGAUAAUAAUAGUAAUAACUCCACUUAUGAAAACAUACAAUCAAACACAGAAGAAAAAAAUAAAAGACAAAAUAAUAAUUUUAAUUAUGUAAGUGAGGAUAAUUUUCAGAACACAAAGAUUUUUGAAAAAAAAAAAGAAAAAAUACCUAAAUUAAAAGUAUGCAAAAAUAUAUAUGAGUAUGAAAUUCCUAGCAUAAAUGGAACAAAAAUACCUCAUUUUAAUCUUUAUACAUUUGAUCAAAAUUAUAUUUAUAGAUUGUCUACUGUUGAUUUACCCCUAUUUAAUAAUACGUAUUUAUCUAUUUUAGUUAUUUUGUUUGAUAAUACGAUUUUAAAUAGCUUAAUUGAUUAUUUAUCUUUUCAUAAUAUAUCACAAGAUAAAUUUUCUUUUUGUAUAUGGGACUCGGACGUUUUAAUAUAUAAAAAUAAGAAAAAUAAAUCUAUUAGUAUUAUAAAAAAUGAAGAUAUCAAAAACAUAGAUGAAACUAAUUUUAUCAAUAAAAUAGUAAUUAGCGAUAAUUUCUUACUCAGCAAAAAAAAAAAAGAUCAUUUAGGUGAUGCAUCAAAAAUAAAACAUAUACAAAUAAAUGAAAAAAAUUAUAAUGUUAAUUAUGUCUUUACAUCAAAACUAAUAAAAGAUAUGUUUUUAAAUGUUUUAAAUUUAAAAUCAAAGAGUUCUUUUGUAAUUUUAAGACCAGAUAAGCAUAUUAUAUCAACGGGGGAUCAUGAUUUAUUUGAGCAUAUUAAGUUAAUAAAUAAAAUAUACAUUUAA